AUGACUUAUACGUUCCGCUGUUGUGAUGAUGGAUCUGGUUAUACUGUUGGUACAAUUGUCAGGUUUGACAAUGUUACUAUCCUUAUAGAUCCAUCUUGGAAUGGAAAAAAUGUUUCAUACGCUGAUAGUAUUAAAUAUUGGUCUACAAUAAUUCCUGAAGUUGAUAUAAUUUUAUUAUCUCAGCCUUCUUUGGAAUGCUUAGGUGCUUAUUCCAUGUUGUAUUAUAAUUUUGUUUCUCAUUUCGUGUCAAGAAUUGAUGUUUACGCAACUCUACCUGUUUCAAAUUUAGGUCGUAUUUCAGUAAUUGAACAAUAUGCAUGUGCUGGUAUUAUAGGACCUUAUGAGACUAAUGAGAUGGAUUUAGAAGAUAUUGAAAAAUCAUUUGAUAAUAUAAAGACUGUAAAAUAUUCACAAUUGGUAGAUUUGAGAUCAAAAUUCGAUGGGUUGACUUUAGUAGCAUAUAAUUCAGGUGUGAAUGCUGGUGGUAGUAUUUGGUGUUUAUUAACUUAUUCUGAGAAGUUAGUUUAUGCUCCUCAUUGGAACCAUACAAAGGAUACUAUUCUAAAUGGUGCUGCACUUUUGGAUAACACCGGUAAACCACUUUCUACGUUAAUGAAACCUACAGCGAUUAUAACAUCUCUAGGAAGAUUCGGCUCAGCACUCUCUUUUAGAAAGAGAUCUAAGAAUUUCAAUGAUUCAUUGAAAAGGGGUUUGAGUAAUAAUGGUUCCAUUAUGAUCCCGGUUGAUAUCACAGGUAAAUUUUUAGAUUUAUUCGUUCAAGUCCAUAAUUUUCUAUAUGAGAACUCGAAAUCAGGAUCUUAUAACCAAACACAUGUACUAUUAAUAGCAUAUUUCAGAGGAAAAGUAUUGACAUAUGCCAGAUCAAUGUUAGAAUGGCUUUCUUCAUCACUGAUGAAAACUUGGGAAUCAAGAGAUAACGCCUCUCCGUUUGAUAUAGGAUCAAAAUUUAAAGUCAUCGAUCCUUCUGAAAUAUCAAACUUUCCGGGCUCAAAGGUUUGCUUUGUAUCCCAAGUUGAUAUACUACUGAAUGAGGUCUUAACAAAAUUAUGUAGCAUGAAUAAGACCACUGUUCUAAUGACAUCAACUAAUACCAACAAUACACAGAUUUUAGAAACUAUGUAUGAAAAGUGGGAAAAGGCCAAAACAUUACAAAAAUUACAAGAUGGUAGUACUAUAUCAUUUACAGAUACCGUGUUGUUAAAAAUUGCAUCAUAUAAACCCUUAGUUAACGAGCAGUUAGAAGAAUAUAAUGCCAGAUUGAAAGAAAGAAGGGAUAAAUGUAAAGAAACAGUGGAAAUCUUGAAAAAAGAAGCAAAAUUGGGAACUAGAAUUGGAGAUAUGUAUAGAAGUGAAGGUGUUGGAUUGAUACACUCUCUAAAUGACGAAGAAGAUGAGGACGAAGAUGAAGAAGAAGAAAAUAUUUUAAAUUCAACAAGUUCACAAACAAAAUCAUUUACGGUACCAGUUGAUAUAAAGAUCAAUAGGUCUGCAACUUCAAAACAUAAGAUGUUUCCUUUCCAACCGGGUAGAACAAAAAUUGAUGAUUAUGGUUCUGUAGUUGAUUUCAACAUGUUCAUCCCAGAAGAGUUAAACACUGAAAUUGAUACGAACAAAAGGCCAUCUUCAAGAACAAAUGAAAUGGAUGAUGAUCCAUACGAUCUUGGCGAUGCUCAAAAGAUAACAAAAAGAUCAAGAAGAGGUGACAGAUCAAAAUCACAGAAUGAAAAUGCAGUUUCAAUAGAUAAUAUCCAAUAUCUAGAAGCUGAUAACAAUCCAACAAUACGAACCAUAUCAGAGAAUAGAUCUCAUAUAAAUUGUACAUUUACAUUUAUGAAUCUCGAUAGUUUGGUAGAUACCAGAUCAGCAACGGUUAUCUGGCCGUCCUUUAAACCAAGAAAAAUUCUAUUGCUUGCUGAGAAAGUUCCUCAAAACACACACAUAAUUUCAACCUUACAAAAGAAGGAUAUAGAAAUAGUGGAGAUGCCAUCGAACGUUGAACAGCAAUUUACAACCACCAUCAAAGCUCUUGAUAUAUCUAUUGAUCCUGAACUAGACCAAAUGUUAAGAUGGCAAAAAAUUGGUUAUGGUCAUACUGUAGCCCAUGUAAUAGGUCGUCUAGUGAAGGAGAAAGUACAAAAUUCUAAGUUACAAGACGAUGACAAGGAGCCAUUAAGGACCAAAAUGGUAUUGAAACCAAUGGAAAACAGAACGAAGGUUCAUACAGGAAUUUCCCUAUCUAUCGGUGAUAUUAGACUAGCAGAAGUGAAAAGGAAACUUACAGAUCAAAAGCAUAUAGCUGAAUUCAAAGGUGAAGGUACAUUGGUGGUUGACGGCCAGGUUUCGAUACGGAAGAUCAACGAUGGUGAAACAAUUAUUGACGGUUCUCCUUCUGAACUUUACGACAUCGUCAAAAAGGCAGUGGUAGAAAUGUUAGCUAAAAUUUAA